AUGAAUCAGUUCGAAUACAAGGCUUACGAGGUUUAUUAAGGUAAUCUUCUGAUUGAUUAUUGGGCCUAUAAAGAAAAAGAUGAUAGUUAUCCAAAGGUAGAAAUCAAGAAGAUCAAUAAGAAAUUGAAAAAAAUGUAAAUCAAAGGAUCAAAAAGGAAGAAAAAGGAAAAAGAUCAGAUUAUUGAUAAAAUUGUAGCCUUAUGCAUUUGA